AUGAAUUUUCUUGUAUUCCUUCCUUGGCUUUUUUUUCUCUUCUUGUCUUCCUUGGGUAACAAUACGGGUGUCUCUGGGUCUUCCGGGUUUGGGUUUCUAUCUGGUGGGAGCGUCGGUCAUGCAGUGCUACAUGAAGCUGUACUUUUGGUUUUUCUUGGGAUUGCCUGUCAGCUUGUUUGGGAGCUGCAUUUCUUCUUCCUCUUCAUGUAUGGUAACGACUUUUGA